CCUCCUUCCCCCUUUGGCAUUGUUUUCUUUCUCGAUAGGAGACUACAUAAUGGAAAAAAAAAAAGAGAGAGAAGAAAACGAAAAGAAGGGGAGAUGCAAAAAAGAAGAGAAGAGAACCGGAAGAGAAAGAAAGAAAGCUGACAGGCCAUGGGCCUCCCCCUGCCGCUCCAGACCGCGCGGUCAUGCGGAGCCUGACGCGGUCCUACCUGCGGACCUUUGCCCGCCUGCGCCUCGAGACCUGGCUCGCGCACGGCACCCUCCUGGGCUGGUGGUGGAGCGGGCGCAUCCUGCCGUGGGACUUGGACGUGGACGCCCAGGUGACGGGCGCGACCCUGGCCCUGCUCGCCGAGCGCUACAACGGCAGCCUGCACGAGUACGUUGACGACGACGACGAUGAGGAGAACCAUCCCGACCAGCAAGGCACGGACGGGGCAGAGCAGCAACAACAACAUCAUCAUCGACGACGACGACGACAACAACAACAACAACAACAAGGGUCAAGACCAGACACCGACCGGACCGACCGGACCGACCGGACGCACCGGACGCGCCGGUACCUGCUCGACGUCAACCCCUUCGCGACGUCCUCGCCGGGCCGGGGCACCGGCGCCAACGUGAUCGACGCCCGCUGGGUGGACGUCGACACGGGCAUGUACGUCGACGUGACGGCCGUCAUGGAGCGCGACUGGACCUCGGUCCCCUUCCCCUUCCCCUUACCGCCCUCCGCCACUUUUCCCUCCUCCUCCUCCUGGAGGACCUCCUCCUCCUCCUCCUCCUCCCCUGGCGACGGCGACGGCAACGACGACGACGAGAUCACGGACCCGCGAGCCCCCUCGGGAGCGCCGGGCCUGCUGAGCUGCAAGAACGCGCACUUCUACCGCGCCGGCGACCUCUUCCCCCUGCGCGAGACCGCCUUCGAGGGCGUGCCGGCCCUCGUCCCCUGGGCCUACGAGCCCGUCCUGGUCGCCGAGUACGGGCCCGAGAGCCUGGUCCUGACCGAGUGGGAACGGUAAGACCCCCUCCCCUUUUAUUAUUAUUAUUAUUUUUUCUUUUUUCUUUUCCUUUCUCUUUCUGGUGUUAAUUUUUUUUGUUGUCGUCGUUUCUUUUUUUUUUUCUUUAUUUUUUUUUUUCGCUCUCUCUCAUGGCCAGUACUGCGGACUGACUUGGCAAACCUCAAAAAAAAAAAACGUCAACACCAAUGUAACAGCCAUCGAUGGGAUCCGGAUCUCAAGGAGUGGGUCAAGAUGAACGAGACUGAUGUCAAGAAGGGAUCAUGAGAUCAAGCAAUCCAGAACGGACGGCUGGUAUAAUUCAUUAGUUUGAACGGCCGUGGCGCUGCUCUGCUCACACGGCCGUUGCUGUAUAUGUGUGUAUGUACUCCGUACAUGUAAUCCGUACAAACGAUCGCCC